CGUAGCAGUCGCCUGUAGGCUCUGAAUCCUUCACCCAAUAUUUUCCACCCGCCUCAGGCAUGUCAGGUCGUUCGCUGGUUGCACCGUCAAUGUCAAGCCUCAAUAGGCAGUGGUGAAGCUGACAUUCGCGGAAGAAUGAAGCGAAGGGUGAUCCGGACUGAGCAGACGAGGUUUUGAGUUGAUAAGCCGUAAUGUGUGCACAACCGAGCACAAUCGAGCACAACGGGCAUCUUCCACUUUUUGUCUGUCUACUCCUCUCUUGGGGAACUCCUUGGCUAAAGGCCUCUUUGCCGCUACCAUGACUCUGCCACCGGCCCACGAUUCUCCGAAGGCAGACAAGACCACUCACGGCCAAGGACCUGAAGGUGUUUUCGAUGAGUUCAUUUCUGUCCUGGGAAGAUUCUGCACCGAGAGCGGGUUUCAGGGUCUGAAGGCCAUGAUCUCGGAUCAUGACAGACUUCGAGAGGAACUUAAUGACACGAGAACCGCUUUCAGCAAGAAUCUCGAAAAAUUGACCCAAGUAAUCACAGAUCGAAACGUUGAGAAAGGGGUGUUCCAGAAAAAAUCUGACGAUCACAACAAAUAUUACAAAAAGGUCUUGGAGGAAAAAGCAACGGCGUACCGGAAACCUAAGACUGAACAGGACACUUCCACGACGUGGAAGAAGAAAGCUGAGCUCCUCGAGAAAGAUGUCGAAAGAAUCAUGACUACCAGCAAGAAACACGAGGCUCGUAUCACGGAGCUUGAUAGCGUCAUCAACGGACAAAAAGGCCAGCUCAAGGAGGCCAAGGAGGAAAUCGCUACGCUCAAGAGCAAGUUGCAGUCCACCGAUGACCAGCUAGGCACCCAUUCGAAGGCUUUAGCAGCCGCAGAGAGCAAGCUCGCAACAAUCAUGUCCUACACUGCUGUGAUGACAUCUUUGAGAGAUGUCAAAGUGGAAAUAACAGGUAUCCUUGCCUCGUCAUUCAAAGACGCAUCAGCCUUGUUUUGGGAGUUCCUCGGCCGUGAUAUCGACGAAGACCAACUACAGGAUCUGAGUUUUUGGGAUCGCGUUAGAGAUCACGUAGCCAUACAGCGUGCAAUUCCCAUACCGGCCUCGAAUUCAACCCAAGCGAAGCAGAUGAGGGCAACCGCAGGCCUGAUCAUCUAUGCUAGAGCGCUGACCAGAUACGUCUUCCGGCCAACGUACUUUUCGCAGGACAGUGAUGCCAAAGAGAUGUUAGACGCACUGCCUACGACGAAUGCCUUUCAAGACACACUUGUUCGAGCCGCGCUGCUCGAGGUAUUGCCGGCCAAGCAGAGGAUGCGUCAAGACGCGUGUGCCGAGCACGUGAUCGAGGAUGUGAUGGCGGCAAUAGUUGGCUGGGUAACGGCCGAUCGGCGCGCGGCACUGAGAUCACGUCUUAGCAACCUUACAAGCAUGCUGUGUGGGGCUUGGCAACGUGUACAAAGGCUACACGAAAGAGUUGAGCCAUGCUUUACCUUCGAGACCCUGGACGAUUGGCAGCAACUGCCGCCAUGGAUAGACACAGUUCCCUUAGCCAAUCGCGCGAAGGUGUCACCAUCGCGUCAGGAAAAAGGAGGGCAUCAGCCACUGCAGGAAACCCCGAAGCGGGUGGGGUUCUCGACUCAAGAUGUAGUCAAGGUGGUGUGGCCGGCUUUCCUCAGUGUCGGCCUCGAGCAAGCUGCGGAGGAGGAAGAGGGAGGCGUAUCAGAUCUCGUGUGCCAUGGAUACGUGCUUACGCGUGCCGGGGUCCAAGACGCCGUAGAUGAGGACACGCCGCGGAGAGCCAUGCGAAGGGCUAUGCAUAACGGUAAUGCUGUGGCUCAAAGAAACAGACGCGAUUCGGCGGUUUUUUUAUCCCAUGGAGCCUUCGACGGAUCGGACGUCAAGUGAUCCGCCGCCGUUAAGGAGCCAACAAGAGUAAAUGGACUAUGAGAUGCGAUACUUUACUGAUUGGCUGUAGGUAACAGGGUUCAAGAAGAAGCUUCUCCAGAUUGCAUAUGUUC